AUGAGUAGUCGACGGUCAAGAUCUCGAUCUCGAUCACGAUCUCCCGAACGUCCAAACUUUACUCCGUCAGGGAUUUUAGCUAGAUAUGAAAACGAAAACUCAGGGAUUGCUAUUAAAUACACUGAACCAUUAGAUGCAUCUCUUCCUAGAUAUCAUUGAAGACUUUUUGUAUAUGAAGGAAAUAAUGAAAAAGAUCCAAUUGAUUUACACAUAAAAAGCAGCUAUAUAAUUGGAAGAGAUGAAAAUAUUGCUGAUAUUUUAAUACCUCACAUGUCUGUUUCUAAGGAGCAUGCUGCAAUACAGUUUAGAAAACGAAAGUCUCAUAUUCUUCCAUAUAUAAUAGACUUGGAAAGCAAAAACGGCACAUAUUUGAAUGACAAGAAAUUAGAAGCUGCAAGAUUUUAUGAAAUUCAAAGCCAAGAUAUUUUGACUUUUGGGACCUGUGAAAUGGAAUAUGUUGCAGUUAAAGGCGAUAAGCUUAGGUAUAGAGAAUAA